AUGGGACCAACUGCCAAGAAAGAGAGCUAUGGCCUAUGGGUCGAAGACAGGGUCAUUGGGUUUUCCGCAGCUUUUUUAUUUACAGCUUCCCAUCCUGUCCCUCCUAAUGCUGCUGCUGCUGCCUUCGUUGACUGCCACUUGUGGGUUGGGCAAUGUGGGCUUCCAGGUUUAAGGAUAUCUUGGAAUCUUGUCCGUGAGAGUUUUCUGCUUUUGGGAUUUCUGCAAAAUGGAUCGGAUUUAUCUCCUGGGAAAAGUCUGGAUGGAAGUUUCAGGAAGUCGAGCUCAGUUAUUUCUGCUAGUACUGUCUCUGGGACCUCAGGAUUGAGCAAUAUUUCCAGAAGAGUGUUCAAAGGGCUCAAGGAAUAUGGAAGGAAACUGGUUGACCUGGAAUUAUUCACUCAAUAUCUUGAGGAGUGGGUCUUGGAGAAUCUAAAUGGUGAUUCAGCAGAUGGGAUGCAAAGUUUUCGAUCUCCUUUCACAACUGAUGAAUUGUGCAAACUUGAUUUGGCAUUAGAGGGGGUUCCAUUUCAGCAACUCGUCCGAAUGCCAAUCUUCUCUAACAUUUCUGAUGAGCUUAUAGAAGAUCAGUAUUUAGCUGCAGAAGAUUUCCUUCAUGCCAUUAUCAUUGGACUUUGGCGUACAUUUUGGCAUAAAAGCGGACCACUGCCAUUAUGUGUCUCUUGCCCCUCUCAUAUUGGUUCAAAGUUAAGUAGUGUUGAAAAGGCCAUAUCAAGGGGCAGGCUGAGGGAAAUGCGUGGUUUGGCUUUAAUAUCAAAAACUGUCACUGAUUCAAGAUUUAAAUGGGAUCAUAUGGUAGAGUUUGCCUUAUUCAAGCCAGAAGUAUUCUUGGACAAUUCAAGACUACCAGUCAGCACUAUUUGUGAAGCUCUCUUUUAUGGGUUCCAUAUUCUUGUUUCUCGGAGUUUGAGCAAGAUUAGUUCUAUCAACAGUGACUCUGUUUUCCUUCUAGUUCUAGAUUCCAAAUGUGGAGCAGUGAUGAAGUUUAGUAGUGACCUUGGCAAACUGGAUUUAUUGAAUUCAAGCGAUCCAUAUUUAUCUGUAGCUGAAUGGAUCAAAACUUAUGCUGAAAUUGGCAUCACCCCAGUGGAACCAAUAUGGAACCGAUUAGGAAAUCCAAACUGGGGGGAUAUAGGAACUCUUCAGGUACUUUUGGCAACUUUCUACUCCAUUGCACAAUGGAAUGGACCACCCCGGAAAUCAGUAGCCUCAUUGAUUUCAGAUCAUAGCCUCCGCCUUCAAAAACGGAGGACAGAAUGCUGCAUCAUUGACACUGAAAAUGCACUGGUUCCUUAUCACGCGACUACUGACUAUCAAGCUGGAGAGAUUGUUGAGUUUGAUCAAAAUGAACCAUUUUCCAAUAGCCAAGCAUCACGUUUGAAGCUCAGGUGUGGAGACAUAUUGGUCUUGGAUGAUCCACAGCAGGGACAGAAAAGCUUCCAAAUUCAUGAAUCUCUUGUAGGAGGGAACUAUUAUCUCUACAGUGCAGUUUGUCUUGAUCAUCCCUCACAGUUAUUGACUUUAUAUGUGGGUGCUCACCCAUCUAGACUUGAACCUUCUUUGGAGGAUAUGAGCCUCUGGUACCAAGUGCAACGCCAAACAAAAGUUCUAAACAUUUUGAGGAAUCAGGGAAUCUUGAGCAAAUACUUACCUGAAAUUGUUGCCUCUGGUAGGAUUUUACAUUCUGGACCUUGCAAUAAAGAGAGCCCUGGGGGAAGGUGUGAUCACCCUUGGUGCGGGACCCCAAUACUGGUGACAUCUCCGAUAGGGGAGCCACUAUCAUCUGUAGCGGCUAAUGAGGGGUCAUUUUCUGCAGAUGAAGCAACACGCUUGUGCCGGGACUGUCUAGCUGCUCUAAGAAGUGCAGCCAUGGCUAAUGUCCAGCAUGGUGAUAUUUGUCCCGAGAACAUUAUACGCGUUGUUGAAAAACAAGGUGUUAGAAACCAAGCUAGCAUGUAUGUUCCCAUAUCUUGGGGGCGUGCCGUGUUGGAAGAUAGGGACAGCCCUGCCAUAAAUUUGCAAUUCUCAUCAUCUCAUGCCCUUCAGCAUGGGAAGCUGUGUCCCUCUUCUGAUGCUGAAAGCAUUGUCUAUAUCCUCUAUUUUAUUUGUGGAGGGACUAUGUCUCUACAAGAUUCUAUUGAAUCUGCUUUACAGUGGAGAGAGAGAAGCUGGGCAAAGCGUUUGAUUCAGCAGCAUAUUGGUCAAGUUUCUGCUCUCUUGAAAGCAUUUGCUGAUUAUGUGGAUAGCCUUUGUGGAACUCCAUACCCUGUUGACUAUGAUAUAUGGUUGAAAAGGUUGAACAAGGCUGUGGAAGGCUCAACAGAUAAGGGUAAAGGGAUUGAAGACGUACCAAUAACAUUAAGAUUAGAGGAUGCUGCUGGGUCUUCAGGAGCUUCUGGCCCUUGA